UUUGAAAGUCAUACAAUUGUGUUAUUAUUAUUCGAGGUUAAAAUUUCAGUAUGUGUAAUAUUUUUAAAAAUAUCAACGGCUAACUUUUGUUUCGCAAAAUGUUUGUUAAAUCAAUACUCAGCAGUACACGAAAGAAUUAUCUCUUAUAAUAAUUAGAAGUGUUUACUUUCUUUACAGUAUGAAAAAAAAAUUGAUACCAUCAUUAAAUUACGAUGGUAAAUUUAAAGUUUCUUAGGAAAAUGCAAGUAAGUUCCGAUAAACAAAUUCCGGGUCUUGUGAAAUCCAACGGGAACGGAGAUUUUAUAGAUGGCUGUCAGGAGAAGCGAACCAAAGAUGGUUUAUUAACAAGAAGAAGACACUCAGAAAAUAUUAUAUACGACUGUCAGAAUAAUGUAAGAAAAUAUAAUAGUGAAAUAAAGGAUAUGAAGAUGUGUAUCGAGCUGUCGCAACAACUCACACAAAAUACAGUUGAUAAUAGAUCUGUAGUGUCUGCAUUGGUAACCACCACCAAUCCCAAAGAUGACGUCCAAGUAAAAUAUAAAACACGUAUAGAUUCAGCUAGCAAGUACACAUUGAAAAGAUCGAAAAAUAUUAAACAUGAAGUGUGUACAAAGUGCAAGGAGAUUCUAAAAUAUAUUGAUAGAUUUUUAAAUAAUAAUAAUGAUAAAAUAAUGAUUAGCCCUAGACAAAAACUUCCAGAGAGUGUGCACGAUAUAAGCAAAUUAAAUAAUCAGAGCAAUAAGUUAGAUAUAUUAAAUGAACAAAAGAAAACUUGUGUAGACGCUAAGCAAAAUGUACAGACUAAUAUUGGUUGCCAAAAUACCCUACCACUGGACAAGUCUCGAUGUGAAAUCGUUUUAAAUAAUAAUAAAUCUACAAGCAAGGAAAACAGUACAAACAAGAAAAACUUCGAUAAAAACAAAAUUGAACAAAGUGUAAGCAGUUACAAGACAUCGGAUAAAGAUAAUUCCACCGUUGUAUGUAAUAAACCUGUCAGUAGUAAGUUCAAUAGCGAUGCGAUGUGCUAUUUUGUCGAUCUAGACACUUGUCCAUCCUAUGUUUGUCCUGAUAAAUGUGGACCACCGAAAUCACCCAAACAUUUUUGUUUUAGAAAGAAAGUAGAUGUAGGAAUAGACACUGAUUGUUGUUUCAAAAGGUCGUUGUUCAAUAGAAUUGGGAAUUUCUUUAGUUGUAUAAAUGCCAAAUUUAGAUGCCGGCAAAAUAAUCAAAAUGUAGAAUGCGGUAAGCCUCUCAAAGACGCUCGGAAUCAGACAAAAAAGCUUACGAUUAAUAUCAAAAAGGAGCCGGUUUGCAUCAUAUUUGAAAAUGCUUCGGGAUGUAAUGAUAAGUCUCCUAAUAUAUUCGGAAAAUUUCCAAAAAAAAAGGUUGCUUUUCGUGACGAGUGUGUUAAUUUGCCGAAAGGAUUAGUUGCGAUUAAAAUUGAUCCAAAUAAUAAACGAGUUAUAAAUAAAAGGGAGUUAAAAAGCAUAUUGAAGUCCUUGCCAAAAAGGGAAAUUAAAAACUGCCCUAUACCAGCGUCAACUUCUAAAGUAGAAGUGCAAACAAUUUUGAAACAACGGUCUUCGCCGAUCGCUACUGCCUGUAAGGGGCCAAUGUUCGUACUUAAAAUAGACCGCAAUAAUAUGCGUAUAUUGAACUAUCCAGAAGUUAAAUGUAAAAUAAGCAAUUUAAAUAAGAUGUGCGCCAAGAACGCAAAUUGUGAAUCUUGGGUAGUUACAAAAGGGAAAUGUAAUAAAAAACAAAAAGUUAGAAGCGUAGAAUCGAAAAUGUCUUUAUGGGAUAGAUAUCAUAGAAGCAAAUCUAAAAGUCCGAGUGCUCCAGUUAAAAAGAAACAUUCCGAAGGGAAAAUAGAUAAAAAGCCCAGUCAAAAAUCUACCAGUGAUUUCAAAUUAUUUUCAAAAGUUAACAGAUGUGUGAAGAAAAAGCAAAAAAGUAAAUCAGGUUCGAUAGUAACAAAACAUGUUCGUGGAAAAACAAAUAAAAAGAUUAACAAGAAAGUUGCUCGUAAAAAGAAAAUUGUUAAAAAACGUUGUAAGCCGCCUAAAAAGCCUAAAUGUCCUAAAAGAAAAAGUAAACAAAAAACUGUAUUACAUAAGAAAGGUAAGUCUGCUAAAAGCCUUAAAAAGAAUAAAUUGAGUAAAAGAAAAAAUAAGAAAAAGAAAGGCAAGACUCGAAGAAAAAUCAAGAAAAGUAAAAGCGUUUUCAAAAGAUGUUGUGUACUUUUUAAAGCUGAGAUCAAAAAUAAACGAAAGAAAAAGAAGUCAUCAAAACCCAAUAAAAAGAAAUCAAAAUCUAAACUGGUAAUUUGCAAGAAUAAAGACAAACCUCACUGCCGUGAAUCGAAUUUAGAGAAGUGUCAAUACGAUUACCUGAGGCACACGAAGACGCCAUGUUUGUGGCUGUUUGUUGCCUGUCCAUUCCUACAUAGAAAUUAUAUGAUGUUUCGGUCUAUAUUUCAUGAUUUCACUCGUUGCAUGUUACUGAUGCUUGCCUUGGUUUUCUGGUGUCCGUGUUUCUUGUGCAUUGAAUUGUUUCGUUGUUUUUGCUCUUAGUUAAUUAUUCCGUAGCUAGUGAUGUCUACUUGUAAACAGAAUAUAAAAAUAAGUGAACAAUAAAGUACUUUGUAUUUUUA